UGUGUGUGUGUGUGUGGGAGGAGGAGGAGUGAGCUCAGUGGCGGUGUGGAGAGAUGGAAGCGGAGAAGGCGGAUGCAGAUAAGACUCGCUCUCACUAUCCACAGGAGUAAAAAAAAAAAAAAGGGACGCGGAUCUCCAUUUUUUCUCCUUUUUAAAAUUUAUUUUCCUGCCAAUGUGCUAUGAUCUCCGUCGUGCUCGCGGGCAACACCCCUCCAAACGUCUAUCUCUGAGCUGUCAAUCAUAUCACGCCGGGAUUUCUACAUGUGAGUGCAUGGCGCGCCGGGCAGGGCGGAUCUGCUCACGGGGUGAAGAAACGCCGGUUAAUAUGGAUGAAAGGUCAACCAUCAUCUCAUCAUUUCGGGCACUCUGAUUAGCGACACUGUCCUACAGCAGACCACAGAGCAGGGAAGAUGAUGUGCGAGGUGAUGCCGACCAUCAGCGAAGGAGAUUCAGCCGGUCCUCCCAGAGGCACCGGCGGCGUCCCGAACGGCUCGGACCAGGAGGCCAACUUCGAGCAGCUCAUGGUCAACAUGCUGGACGAGAGGGACAAGCUGCUGGAGUCCCUCAGGGAGACUCAGGAGACCCUCAUUCAGUCUCAGACUAAGCUGCAGGGGGCGCUGCACGAGAGGGACGUGCUCCAGCGGCAGAUCAACGCUGCGCUGCCUCAGGAGUUUGCCACCCUGACAAAGGAGCUGAACAUAUGCAGGGAGCAGCUGCUGGAGAAAGAAGAGGAAAUAUCUGAGCUGAAAGCUGAAAGGAACAACACCAGGCUGCUGUUGGAGCACCUGGAGUGUCUGGUGUCUCGUCACGAACGCAGUCUGAGGAUGACGGUGGUAAAGAGACAGGCACCCCCACCAUCUGGAGUCUCCAGCGAGGUGGAGGUCCUCAAAGCUCUGAAGUCCCUGUUUGAACACCACAAGGCCCUGGAUGAAAAGGUGCGUGAGAGGCUUCGGGUGGCUCUGGAGAGGGUGGCCACCUUAGAGGGACAGCUAGCGUCCACCACACAAGAGUUGAACAUGGUGAGACAGAGGAAGGACGGUGACUCAGUGGAGCGAGGAGAUGGAUCCAAACCUACAUGGAAGAGACUACCCAACGGCUCCAUAGACGCCCACGAUGACGGCAGCCGAGUGUCUGAGCUUCAGGAGCUGCUAGAUCGGACCAAUAAGGAGCUGGCUCAGAGCCGCGAGCACUCUGCCACUCUUAACGCCCGGGUUGCCGAGCUGGAGGCCGAGCUGGCGAAUGCACGCCGAGAACUGAGCCGCAGCGAGGAGCUGUCAAUCAAACAACAAAGGGAACAGAGAGAGAGAGAAGAUAUGGAGGAGAGGAUAACAACAUUAGAGAAGCGCUACCUGGCUGCUCAGCGGGAGACCACACACAUCCACGACCUCAACGAUAAACUAGAGAAUGAACUGGCCACCAAGGACUCCCUGCAUCGACAGAGCGAGGAGAAGGUGCGCCAGCUGCAGGAGAUGCUGGAGAUGGCAGAGCAGAGGCUGGCUCAGACCAUGAGGAAGGCUGAGACACUGCCAGAGGUGGAGGCUGAACUGGCACAGAGAGUGGCGGCGCUCUCCAAGGCCGAGGAGCGCCAUGGCAACGUGGAGGAGCGCCUCAGACAGCUGGAGUCACAACUGGAGGAGAAGAACCAAGAGCUAGGAAGGGCCCGUCAAAGGGAGAAAAUGAAUGAGGAGCACAACAAGCGUUUAUCUGACACUGUGGAUCGUCUGCUCACCGAGUCCAAUGAAAGACUGCAGCUCCAUCUGAAGGAACGCAUGGCUGCCCUGGAGGACAAGAACUCCCUCAUUCAGGACCUCGAGAACUGCCAGAAACAGCUUGAAGAAUUCCACCACACCAGGGAGCGGCUGAUUGGAGAGAUUGAUAAGCUGAGAAAUGAAAUCGACCAUUUGAAGCGCCGCAGUGGGGCUUUUGGAGAUGGAACUCACCCUCGGUCUCACUUGGGUAGCUCCAGCGACCUUCGCUUCUCCAUGGUAGAGGGCCAGGAUGGCCACUACAGCACAACUGUGAUCAGGCGAGCACAGAAGGGUAGACUGUCAGCGCUACGAGAUGAUCCAAACAAGGUGUGUGCGGUGUUCGAACAGGACUAUCCAUCUCUGCGUGGGAGCGUCAGCCACCUUCUCGGCAGCGACAUCGAGGCCGAGUCAGACCUGGAUGAUGACGUUAGCUCAGCCCUGCUUUCCCCCAGCGGCCAAUCAGAUGCUCAGACUCUUGCGCUCAUGCUGCAAGAGCAACUUGAUGCUAUCAAUGAGGAGAUAAGGAUGAUCCAAGUUGAAAGAGAAUCAGCAGACCUGCGCUCUGACGAGAUCGAGUCUCGUGUGAACAGCGGCAGCAUGGAUGGACUCAACGUGACACUUCGACCCCGAGCCUUGCCCACCUCCGCCACUGCCCAGUCCCUGGCCUCGUCCUCUUCACCGCCCACCAGCGGCCACUCCACGCCUAAACAUCACGGACGCAACACCAGCCACCACCUCGGCAUCAUGACUCUGCCAAGCGACUUGAGGAAGCACCGGAGGAAAGUAGCAUCUCCAGUGGAAGUGGACAAAGCUACCAUCAAGUGUGAGACGUCACCGCCCUCGUCCCCUCGCAGUUUACGGCUGGAAACCAACUUUGCGCAAUUCACUGGUAGUCUGGAGGAUGGACGAGGAAAGCAGAAGAAAGGAAUCAAGUCAUCUAUUGGCCGAUUGUUUGGGAAGAAGGAAAAGGGUCGGAUGGACCAGACUGUUGGCAGGGAUGGACAGCCUCUGCCGGCCUUAUCAGACUUUGAGAUGGGCAUCGGGGACACUAUGACUCUGGGAAAACUGGGCACACAGGCUGAGAGGGACCGAAGAAUGAAGAAAAAACACGAACUUCUGGAAGAUGCAAGAAAAAGAGGUCUGCCUUUUGCUCAGUGGGAUGGGCCUACUGUUGUCUCAUGGCUAGAGCUGUGGGUGGGUAUGCCAGCCUGGUAUGUGGCAGCCUGUCGUGCCAAUGUGAAGAGUGGAGCCAUCAUGUCAGCUCUCUCAGACACUGAGAUCCAGAGGGAGAUCGGCAUCAGCAACCCUCUGCACCGACUCAAACUCCGGCUGGCCAUCCAGGAGAUGGUCUCCCUCACCAGCCCAUCGGCACCACUCACAUCCAGAACGUCCUCCGGAAAUGUGUGGGUGACUCAUGAAGAGAUGGAGAACCUGGCUUCCUCCACCAAAGCGGAGAAUGAGGAGGGCAGCUGGGCACAGACCUUGGCGUAUGGAGACAUGAAUCACGAGUGGAUAGGGAACGAAUGGCUGCCCAGCCUUGGGCUGCCUCAGUACCGCUCCUACUUCAUGGAGUGUCUAGUGGAUGCUCGCAUGUUGGACCAUCUGACCAAGAAGGACCUGAGGAGCCACCUGAAGAUGGUGGACAGCUUCCACAGGGCUAGUCUGCAGUACGGCAUUAUGUGCUUGAAGAGACUCAAUUACGACAGAAAAGACCUGGAGCGUCGGAGAGAGGACAGCCAACACGACAUGAAAGAUGUUCUGGUGUGGACCAAUGAGCAGGUGAUUCACUGGAUCCAGUCCAUUGGUCUGAGGGAAUAUAGCGGCAACCUGUUAGAGAGUGGCGUUCAUGGAGCGCUCGUCGCUCUGGACGAAACCUUCGACUACAGCAGCUUAGCGCUCAUCCUGCAGAUCCCUAUGCAGAACACACAGGCCCGGCAGGUUCUGGAGAGGGAGUUUAACAACGUGUUAGCUUUGGGAACUGACCGCCGACUAGAGGAGACUGGAGAUGACAAGUCUUUUCGACGCUCUCCAUCAUGGCGCAAGCGGUUUCGUUCCCGUGAGGGAGUGGCGGGUUUGGGGAUGAUGGCGGGCUCCAUGGAAACGCUGCCUGCUGGCUUCCGCAUGCCCUCCAUGUCCAUGCCGCCCUCCAUGAAUCUGGCACCUAAGAAACACCUCCAGCCUGAAGCUCCUCCCCCGGCGCCUCCGAGACUCGACCCCUCAGCCGUGCGGACCUAUUCAUGCUAACUUCUUCUUACUAACAGGAGCGCUAAUGCUAACAGUGCAUUCUCAUUACCUAUACGGACAUAUGCUUGCGGCCUUUUGAGAGUGAUAUGCCAAAUCUGGAGAGGGAGACCUGGGUGCCUCUGGGGGAGGCUUCCCCUCCUUUGCUGCCCAGCCUCACCUCCUACCUUUCACCUCUCACCUCUCCUUCGGACACGUGCAAUACAGAGGCCAACUCUGACCUUUGAACUCUUGAGAGUGCUCAUUGGCUGCGCUCGCUGCUGUAAAGGAGGCUCGUCCCGGUCUCUCCCAGUUUACCCCAGUGCUCCUAGUAGCCUUGUUGUUGUGGUGUUGUGCUCCUGCUCCCCUGGUCUCAGCUGUGGGUUCUUGUCCUGGUUCUAAUAGUCUCAACAUGGCCAAGUCCAAACCAAUCGUCCUGAGUCGCCACAUCCUUCACAAUGACUAGUGAGACGGUAGAUUUAAGGAGCUGGAGACCAGCCAUUGGUUUGGACUUAGGAAUGAUGAAUACUUGUAUAAAUGGCAGAUCCCACUGCACAUUACCCUUCUACCGGUUAUGCAAGGUAUUACUCAUUAAUCGUCUCUGUACAUAAAAUGGAUGACUUAUGUUUUUAUAGAAAUAUUAUAUAUAAAUAUAUAUAUAUUGGAAAUAUAUAUGGAAAACAAUAUAACAUCAUUGCUGUAUGAAACCCAAUGCCCUGUAUUCGAUAGUGACUGUUCUCUCUCUCUCUCUCUUUCUCUUUCUUUCUCUUUCUCUCUGUGUCGGACCUUUGUGUGUCUUUUGCUGUAUGCUGUAAGUGUGUGACUCGUUGGUGGGAGGGACUCACUAAAAGGGAAGCGUGCGUUUCUACAAGGACUCUUCACAGGUUCAUGGGUCCAAUUUCAGACUUCUCUCUUUGCCUCUUCUCCUGUUCUUUCCUUUUUUUUCCCCCUGCUCCUCUUUUGACACGAUGUAGCUGUUACCUCUCCUCUCUCCGCCUCUCUCGCCUUCUGUAUGACACUAUGUAGCCUAGAAUAGAGAGAAUCCUUUAAUAUGAAGAGUGAGUGCGUGUGGAUGAGUGAGUGAGCGAAUGAGUCUCUCUGCUGGAGACUUGUAGAGAGGUUAUACGCGUGAAAGGCCGACCCCAGCCAUGUGACCAUGACUUUUCUCUGUGGAUGGUAGUGUGAACACUGUAGCUCCUCUCUGUUUGUUCCUUACUUUUCUCUCAAAUCAAACUUUAAACUGCUGCUCGACAUCAGCCAAUGAUACCCACAUAAAACUGCUCUAAGUGACGGACUAAUCUCGUUCCGUCACCUCCCAUUUAGUUGCCAUGGGGACGUGCUAGUGAGCAGUCAGUACUCUUGGCUGACCAACUCCUCAUCCAAUGAGAACACAGCAUAUGAACAAACCAGUGAAGUGCUGGAUGGGUGUACAAUCUUUUUUUUAAAAUGAUUAUUUUACAGUUUUUCCAAGGUGUCUAAAAGGUGUAACGUGCUAUGUGGCAGCUAUGAGUACUGUGUCUUUAUUCCAGGUGUGAAACAAUGCUGACAAAUCAAGAUUUUAUUAUUUGGCUAUUUAAAAAAAAAGUGUACUGUAUUUAUGACACUAUAUAGACAUAAGUAAAGCUGUUUUUUAAAGA